AUCAGUUGUUGAUCAACUUCCAUUGAGUCGAUAUUUAAAGCGAGUGUCCAACUCUUAAACCAUUUGAAUAAUAAAAUAAAAAGUAGCAAUAAAUAACAAAAGUUAACCUACAUUUAUAAAUUUCACUAAAAUAAACAUAAAAUACUUUACUAAUCCACUUAUGAACUUGCAAUCUUGCCAUGUCGGAUUUAUAACUCAGCAUUAUUUUUAAGUAUCACGUGCACAGUGCGAGUAGAAAGUUUUAAUUUGUUUUUAAUAUCAAACCUUAUCAUAGUGUCGAUACAGCUCAAGCAUGCUAUAGUUACGUUCGUUAUCUAGUUUAGAAUCUCACGAUCCAUCGGCAGUGAUAAUAAAAAUUUUAACUUCAAACAUGGUAUCUUCAGCCGUAUAAAUUUACAGUGUAAAUACGAAGGAAAAGCGAUAAACAAAAAGCAAAAUGGUGAUGGAGGCGUCAGCGAUGGUAGUUGAUUAUUUGGUGUUUAUUGUGGUAAUUUUAAUAUCAUUUGUGGUACCACUGUGGGGUAAAUUUCGUGCUAAAAAAAAGGAAACUAAAGCAAGUUAUGUAUUUGCGACGGGUAGUGUUUCGAUGGGAGCAAUGAUGUUAUCGAUAGCACGUGGUACGCUCGGAGUAAGAUCAUUUCUGGGAUAUCCAUCGGAAUUAUAUUAUCAUGGUAGUGCCAUGUGGGAAACUCUAUACGGUAUGCUACUGGCAUAUCCGAUUGUAUGUUUUAUCUUUGUUCCUGUUUAUUAUAGUCUUGGUAUUACGUCUGUUUAUCAGUACUUAGACAUGAGAUUUCAUUCAAAAUUGGUUAGAUGUCUUGCUAGUUUUUCGUAUGUACUGAGAAGUCUUUUGACACUGGCUGUUGUUAUUUUCACUCCUUGCGUCGCGUUAAAUACUGUCAUUGGUUUACCUUACUGGGCCAGUAUCGUUGGAAUGACGACAAUUUCUGUUAUCCUCACGUCAUUAGGCGGCUUGCAAGCAGCUAUUCUGUCAGACGUUAUCCAAGGAGUGACAAUGAUCGGCGUGUCCAUUGUUAUAAUCGUGCAAGGUGUAAUCGACGUCGGAGGACCUGGUAUAGUUUUCAACGUGACUAGUUCACGUGGGCGCCUCGAUUUUUUGGACUUUAAUACCGAUCCGACUGUACGGGUUACGACAAUCUCAGCAACACUGGGUCAAUUAUUUAUGAGCUUGUCGAUUUUUGGCUGCCAACAAAAUUUCGUACAACGUUAUUGCAGUAUGAGUAGUAAAAGCAAAGUCAAUAAAACAAUGAUGGCGAAUAUGCCGAUCAUAACAAUCCUCUUUUCUCUAUCCUGGGUCGUGGGAAUGGUAAUAUUUGCCGCUUACGCAGACUGUGAUCCCUAUCAAUCGGGAUUCAUCUCUAAAUUCGACGAAAUAGUGCCGUUCUACGUCGAGGAUAAACUGACCUACCUUCCCGGAUUACUGGGUCUCAUAAUGGCAACAUUAUUCAACGGCGCCUUAACAAUAGCCGUAUCUAAUUUAAAUUCUCUUGCAACGGUAACGUUUGAAGAUUUUUUGAGCCAAAUACCAGCCCUGAGUAACCUCAAAGAUCGCCAGCAACUUCAAGUAAUAAAACUCGUUGGUGUAAUUUACGGAAUACUGAUAAUCGGCGCCAGUUUUCUCGUCGCCAUGUUAUCAGGAGUAAUAGAAUCCUCGAUGUUGAUGACAUCCGCGACCUCGGGCCCUCUGUUGGGUGUAUUUGUGCUGGCAAUGUUGAUCCCAUGUGCCAACUGGAAAGGCGCCGCGACCGGAAUAAUCUUCAGCCAUCUAAUGUCCCUAUGGCUGACAUUCGGGCAUCUUUCGGUGGUCGACGAAACAGAAACUCUUCCGCUGUCAAUUGACGGCUGCACAAACGACUCAUUCGCAUCUCAUCUACGCAGACCCUUGUCAACUUUCCCGCUAGAUGUCACUCCGAUCCCUUCCCUCAAUCUUGACUCAACAAAUUUAUUCUCCACGAGUCCCAGUCCACAAGCGGAAGCCUCUGGCCCUCUGGAUGCGAUUUACAGUAUUACAUACAUGUACUACGCACUAAUUGGUAGCAUGACUACGAUAAUUGUUGGUACCAUUGUCAGUUUACUUACUGCCGACGAAAAAAAAGACGCUUACGAGGAACAUCUGUUGCAUCCAAUCGCUCUUAAACUUUCAAAACUUAUGCCCGGUAAACCAAGACUAUUUGCCGAGUCACGCAGACUCGGUGAUCAUGACACCGACGCCAGCAAUCCGGCAUUCCACGGAUCGAUGACUUCCGUCGACGACGACACCGACGAAAUUAACAAAUUCAAAUUAAAUCUAAACAGCAGCGGCGUUGCCAGUGAUCCAGAAAUGAAUGGAAAACUCGAACAGAAUACAGUCGCUUACAUGCGGAAACUUGAUGCCCUCAAAGAAGUAUCUCUUGAAGUAACCAAUGAAGUUGGUAAGGGUACAAAGCUAUGAUAGGCAUUAACACGUUAUAAUUUCAUCAAAAAGUCCUUCAACUUCCUAAUUACGAUCUUCCGAAAGCUAUCCUGAUAUUACUGCAAAGUCAUUAUUGUUGAUGCUGCGCUGUCGUUGAGGUGAUUUAACCGACUGACGAUCUUAUUGAUCGAGUUAUUCGAAUUAUUAUUUCUUAACGAAAGUUGUAUAAAUAACGCAUUUUAUUAUCAUGUUUUUUUUUUAUAAGUUAAUUAACGGUAAGAUAACUUAGAUAGACAAUUAAUUGUUAACUUUUUUUAGACCCAAUUAUUUAGCUUUAGAUUAUUGCUAUUAUGGUCCCAGUAAGAGAAUGGACCUCGGAAAUUCCCCCACUACCGAACAUAUAUGAACUGCGCAUGCGUAUAGAAAAGUGGGAGAACAUUCAGCUCAUAAAACAUCGAGUGGGAGUAAAAACCGACGACACCCGAAGUCUAAUCUCUUGUUGGGAUGAAAAUAUCAAGACAAUACUCGUUGACUUUUGUUGAUGAUUGUUGGUCAUAUAUUUAAAUGAUAUAUUGUAUAGAAGAGUAUUAAUAAGGGUUAACUUUAACUGACGUUGUUAAUAGAUGCCAAAUAUAUAUUUAUGAAAGGAAUGAGUUAAUAAAUAUAUUUAUGCUGUAAACUUAGGUUAGCUAUACAAUGAAUGAGUGCGUAUGUAGGUUAUGAUGCGUGACGGAGUUUACUUUGUAAAAAUUGAUAUAUAAAUUUAAAUGAAUUUUUUUUAAAUUAAUUACGAUUGCAAUAAUUAUUGAGAGUGAUAUUUUAUAAAUAGAUUUAUAUGAAUAGUAUGUAUAUGUAUAUGCUCAUUAAUUAAUAAAUAUAACCGGACAAUACGUAAUGACGUUGCGAAUUAAUUUGUCGAUUCGUAUCGAAUUUAUACGUUAGUAAAUAUUAAUGCCUAAGUUUAGCGAGAAUUGAGUUUGUAAUGAGGGUAAAAUGGUAUAUUAUAUUUUUAGUAGACAUCCGGGGCAAAAUGAGACACUAUUUUUAAUGUAAAAAUUUUUUUUUCCAUAAAUUUGAUCAAUUUUCCCGCCUUUUUACAGAUUAAAAUUUUUUUUACCAUAAAAAUGGUGUCUUAUAUUACCCAAGUCUCUUCUAUGUGUGUAUGUAUAUAUAAAUAUGAGAUAAUAUGUAGACUUGAAUAUAUUUUUGUCCAUUGAAAUUAUAAAAUCAUUUAAAAAUGUAAAGAAAAUUAGGAAUAAAAAUAUAUGAAAUUAUAUAAUUAUUUUUUGCUUAUGGAAUUUAUAGUUUUAAAUUAUUUUGGGGUGGAGACGAGCCUCAUUUGAAUGCGAAACGUUGAAUUUGUUAGUACAUAAUGUAAUAUAUAUUACGGUACAAAGAGUUUUUGAGAGUAGGAAAAAGAUAGAGCUGAAGAAGAAAGUGUAGGAGAAAAUAGUAAUAAUUAAUGAGUGGAUGAGACACGUGACGUUAGUUUGUGUGGACUUUGUUUUGAAUUAUUAAGGUCUGAGUACAAAAUAUUACGCAUACUCUUGGAUACUAUAAUUUACAACCAAUUUAUUUAAGGUAUUGUAAUUAAAUCUUAAGUGAUUUAAUUUUAUAUAAAUAUAUCACCUGGACUAUGCAUAAAGAAUACUGUAAUUAAUUAACGUAAAUAUUUUUAUCAACGAUUUAGUCUGUAAUUAUUACUAUUGUUAAUGGAUGAAAGUAAAAUUGUUGAUUUAAGGAAUUGUGACAAUAAAAUUAUUUGAGAU